AUGGCAAGCAAGGUUGGUGGUAGGGAAACCUUUCAGAUAAAGACAUUGGUUGGGCGACAUAGAUGUGGCAGGGUAUUUGGGAAUAAAAAUGCUAAUUGUGAUUGGAUAGCACAAGUGUUAAUAGACAGGUUUAAGAAUGUGGGUGUAAUGACAGUGAGUCAAAUUAUUGAGGAGAUCAAGAAGACAUACAGCGUCGGCAUAACCCCUUGGAGGGCUGGAAAAGCAAAGCAAAUAGCAAUGGACUCUGAAUUGGUUAGAGUAAAGGCUGUAACAUUCAAAAUUAAGAUCAAUCAGCCUCAACCAAGUCUGCCACCAAGGUUUGGUUGUUUCUACAUGUGCUUAGAAGGCUGUAAGGCUGGGUUUUUGGCUGGGUGUAGGCCCUUUAUAGGGGUUGAUGGAUGCCACUUGAAAACAACUUAUGAUGGUCAACUUUUGGUUGCAGUGGGCAGGGACCCCAAUGAUCAAUACUUUCCACUUGCAUUUGCUGCUGUAGAGAAUGAAUGUAAGGAGAUGUGGAGGUGGUUUCUUUCACUACUGCUAGAAGAUAUUGGGGACAUUGAAAAUCAUCGCUGGGUUUUCAUCUCAGAUCAACAAAAGGGACUUAUGACAAUAUUUGAUGAAAUUUUGAAUGGGGUGGAGCACCGUUUCUUCUUGAGGCAUCUUUAUAGUAAUUUCAAGAAAAAAUUUUGUGGUGGGGUAGUUAUCAGAGAUCUUAUGAUGGGGGCAGCAAAGUCAACUUUCUACGCAGGUUGGGAAAAAAAUGGAUGUGAUGUUUUAAUGAAUAACUUGUCUGAGUCAUUCAAUAGUACUAUCUUAUUGGCUAGGGAUAAACCAAUCAUUAGUAUGAUGGAAUGGAUUAGGUCAUACACAAUGAGUAGAUUUGCAAUACUAAGAGAAAAAUUAAAUGCAUAUCCUGGUACUGUUAUGCCUAAGCCACAGAAAAGGCUUGAUAGGGAAGUGGAGAAAAGUGGCAAUUGGCUUCCAAUGUGGGCAGAGGGUGCAAAGUUUGAAGUAACACAAGGGUUCACCAUGGAGAAGUUUAUGGUAGAUCUAAGUAACCAUAGUUGUACGUGUUAUUUUUGGGAUUUGAUAGGCAUACCUUGUAGACAUGUUGUAGCAACAAUUAAUUAUAAGGUGGAAAACCCUGAAGCUUAUGUGCAUCCAUAUUACAAAAGAGCUGCUUAUGAGGCAUGCUAUAGCCCAGAAAUAACCCCAAUCAAUGGACAACAAUUGUGGCCUAAAAGAAAUCAACCUGAACUACUCCCACCAGUUUAUAAAACACCACCUGGGAGACCUAAAAGAUUGAGAAGAAGGCAAGCUGAUGAACAUGUCAGUCAUUCCAAGCUGUCAAAGAAAAAUCUUAUCAUGAAGUGCAACAAGUGUAAGCAGUUGGGACACAACAUUAAGAGCUGUAGAAAGGGAAUUAGGCAUAGAAAGGACAAACACAAGGAACUCCAAGUGUUAGUGCACCUAGCAGCGCUGCAGGACCAUCUACCCAAAGCUGUAGUAGUAGAAGAAGAUCCAGACCCAGGGUUGCUGCAAACGUGA